AUGUCGAUCAUAUUGACUUACAGAUCAGUCAUUGGUUUGCUAAAAGAUUCGUUCAGUGGGGCAAGGAAUGUAAUUGUUAGCAAUAUGUUGCUGAUUCUAAUCACAUUUGUAGUGUGUGUAGGUAUGAAGCUUUUUGUUGACUUUAUUUUAGGAUACCUAGCCAUAACUACAGAUAAUGAAAAGAAUAGUGGAUGCGUUGAGAAGGGAGAGUAUGGCUUGGUUAUAAUAGUGAAUAGCGAUUACAAGAUGGAAAAGGGAAAGGUGCUUUCUCAAGUGUGCCACGGGAUGUCUAAGGUGAUGACAUAUUUGUUCAGAAACAAUGAGUUACGAAAGGAGUGGAAGAGGAAUGGAGAGGCAAAGAUCGUGUUGAAGGGCAGCAGUGCUCAAAUAGAGCAGAUUAUAAAGGAUACGGAAUUAAAAGGGAUUCGUCACCAUGCUGUGUAUGAUGCAGGCAGAACACAGGUGCCUCCAGGAGCAAAUACGGUUGUAGUUCUUGGACCUGCGCUUCGAGAUCAACUUACACCAAUCUCAGGACAUCUAAAGUUGUAUUAG